GACACCAUGCUUGCCCUUCAACGAGACCGGUGGCCGAACUGCUUCCACAACACGAGGUUCCAAUCUAUCCUCUCCGUGCGCGCUCCUCCAUCCACAACCAGACCUCCCUUUUCUUGAUCCUUUAUCCCCAUCUCCCACCCACGCGUCAACUCCAACCGUCGCCCGACUAAAUGGCAGCAGCAGCGGCAGCAGCUCCACCUUCCGCUUCCUCCGUCGCCGCCGCUUCCUCCAUUUCCAAGCGCGCUCUGCUUGCUCCCUCCUCGCGCGCCGCGGCACAGAAGUCUUCUUUCCUUGGCUUGUCAUUGGGGGUGAAGAUCGAGGGCAGGAGGAGGAAUGCUUCUCUCGAAGGAAGGCGAGGGCUCGAGGUCAACGCAAGGACGGCUGGGACGUCGAAGAACAUCGAGGUUGAGGUCGACAAGCCCUUGGGCCUAACACUGGGGCAGAAGCCCGCCGGUGGAGUCGUUAUCACUGCAGUAGAUUCUGGUGGAAAUGCAGCAAAGGCAGGACUUAGGGCUGGAGACCAAGUAUUGUACACAAGCAGCUUCUUUGGGGAUGAGCUGUGGCCUGCUGAUAAGCUGGGUUUUACCAAAACAGCUAUCCAAGCAAAGCCAGACUCUGUUUAUUUUGUAGUAAACAGGGGAGCAGAGGUAGAUGUAAAAAGACUAACUAAGAGGCCUGCUCCUCCUCGAUUUGGUCGCACCUUGACUGAAGCACAAAAGGAAAGAGCAACUCACAUAUGCCUCGACUGUGGCUUUAUUUACUUUCUGUCAAAGCCCUUUGAAGAGCAGCCUGAUGGAUACAUUUGCCCGCAAUGCAAUGCACCAAAGAAGCGGUUUGCUCGCUACAAUGCUGUUACCGGAAAAACAAUCGGCAGUGGGUUGCCACCCAUUGGGGUGCUAAUUGGCCUAGUGGUCGGGAUCGCUGCGGUUGGUGGGCUUGUUGUCUAUGGUCUCCAGUAAAUGUUGAUAUGAAUUUUGAUUCUUGAAUGUAAGAAAGUUUCAUGUCACUUCAUGUUCUGUAUGAAUUCCUCCUGGCAAAUGUUUUAGUAUGGAAAUCUUAUUUUAUCAGAAUGUUUUACA